AAGAAGAAGAGGCAGCAGGCGGAGGAAACUUCUCAGUUCGUGGCUUCAACGUUGGUCUAACGGUUACCUUGUUUGGUGUGACAACUAUGUAUGAAUCUGGCUGGUGUUCUCUCAGAGAUUUGGAAGAGCUGACUGACAAAAGCUACAGAAUUCACAGAAGAUAACAGAAACCAGCAGAGCUUGUGUGUUCAUUUCUUGAAGACCAGUUGCUUUUGGCUGCCACCACCAUGUCAGCAGAGAUAGAACCAGUUCCUCCACAGGUUGUGAAUCCGCCGCCUCCUGAGGUAACCGACCCCAACAAGCCGGGCCGAAGGACCAACCAGCUGCAGUUCAUGCAGAAUGUAGUGAUCAGAUCCCUGUGGCGGCACCAGUUCGCCUGGCCUUUCUACCAGCCUGUCGAUGCAGUUGCUCUUGGACUACCUGAUUAUCAUACGAUAAUAACGUCUCCCAUGGACAUGGGAACCAUCAAGAAGCGACUGGAGAACAACUACUACUGGAGCGCAAGUGAAUGUAUGCAAGAUUUCAACACCAUGUUCACCAACUGCUACAUAUAUAACAAGCCUACAGAUGACAUAGUACUGAUGGCCCUCGCCUUGGAAAAAAUCUUCUUGCAGAAAGUUUCCCAGAUGCCUCAAAGGGAAGUGGAGGUUUUACCUCAUGCAGCCAAAGUGAGGGGCAAAAAAAGUAGCACUCCAGGUGGGCCGGAUGGAGCUGUGACAACAGAAACAGCCACAAAAAAGAAAGUGCUGAAAAGGAAGGAGGAGGCAACCACUGAUUUGUUGCCAGGAGUCCUCAUAAACAAUUUGAGUGAUAUAUCAGAAAGCAAGAGGAGACGUGAAAGCUCAGGCCGAGCUGUCAAUCCUUCUAAGAGUGGCUUUGAAGAAAAGGAGUUGUCACAACAUGAAACUGAACAGGGCAGACAGAGCGAGCAGCUCAAGUACUGCAGCGAAAUCCUGAAGGAAAUGCUCUCGAAAAAGCACACAGCCUACGCCUGGCCUUUCUACAAGCCUGUCGACGCUGAAGCUCUGCAACUUCACGAUUACCAUGACAUCAUUAAAUACCCCAUGGACCUCAGCACUGUUAAAAAAAAGAUGGAUGGAGGAGAGUACCGGGAUGCACAAGGUUUCGCUGCAGAUGUUAGGUUAAUUUUCUCUAACUGCUACAAAUACAACCCUCUGCAUCAUGAUGUCGUAACAAAGGCCAGAAAACUUCAGGGCGUGUUUGAGAAGAGGUUUGCAAAGAUGCCAGACGAGCCUGUGGAGUUGAUUUCACCAGUGAGCGCCACGUCCACUAAGAGUGCCAGUUUCAGUGGGAUAAGUGGCAACAGUUCAUCCAGUGGGGACAAAUCAGACUCAGCAGAGGAGCACGUCACCCGCCUUGCUGAGUUGCAAGAACAGGUGGGUGCAGAACAGCUCAAAGCUGUUCAUGAACAGCUUGCUGCACUCUCUGAAUCCCCUGUGAUUAAACCAAAGAAGAAAAAUGAAAAGAACAAGAAAAAGGACAACAGUAAAGGCAAUACAUAUUCCAAAAGUGAUUCACAUUUCAGGCAGUCAUGGAAGGAAAACAAAGACUGGGAAUCAGAUGAUGAAUCUCUGCCGAUGACGUAUGAUGAAAAGCAGCAGCUGAGCCUGGACAUUAAUCGCUUACCUGGCAUGAAGCUGGGUCGCGUGGUGCACAUUAUUCAGACACGAGAACCCUCAAUGUGUGACACCAACCCAGACGAGAUCGAGAUUGAUUUUGAGGUUCUGAAGCCGUCCACUCUGCGGGCGCUGCAGCGAUAUGUCAAGUCUUGUCUGUAUCAGAAGUUUAAGAAGUUUCAAAAGAAAAGCAGUCAGGCUGCGUCCCAAAACAUCAGCAGCAGCAGUUCUUCAGAUUCUGCCACGAGCAACUCCAGUGACUGCAGUUCAGACAACAGUGACUCCUAAUAACUGUAUUGUUUUUAUUUAUUUCUUUUGUGACCAAAAAAGAGUUCUUAAAAAAUGUUAAACAUGUUUAUUUUUGUAUUUGUUAAAUGUUCACUGUGUUGGACAUCAAACUUCCCACACAAGGUUUUUGUAUUCAGUGUGGCUUCUCUCACUUUUCUUUAUAAAUCACAAUAUCCAUCACUGGUGUUUUUUUUAUCAGACACUAUAGAUCCACAACACAGCCGGAUGCCAUACUGCUGGAGUUGAGGUGUAUUUCAUAAAAUCUGAGUUUCAACCAAUAUCCUGUUUCUGUAAUUCAUGUUCCCCAUACUAUUUAA